AUGGACCCACACAUACACACACACGACCAUACACAUGUGCACGUGCAUGGCAGUUCUCAUGCGAAAGAAAAGGCAAGUCAGCGUGCGAAUACAACUGCGGAGGGGUAUGCGCCUGCACAUGACAUGGCAUACCUACACACAAAAGCACCACACCAUCGAUCACUGACCCCAGGGGAUGUGUCUACUAGUGGAUCUCUCUUACACACCCACCCGGCCAGCCUAGAACAAGCCAGAGCCCAUGCACAUGCACAUACAGAGACACAUACACAUGCACAUACAGAGACAUAUACACAUGCACAGGCGCAUACAGAGACACAUACACAUGCACAUGCACAGGCGCAUACACAUGCACAGGCGCAUACACAUGCACAGGCGCAUACACAUGCACAGGCGCAUACACAUGCACAGGCGCAUACACAUGCACAGGCCAGCACACAAUCCGAACAUGAGCCGAAGCAUGGACACGGAGAUAUGCACACACAGAGACACAUGAGUGACUAUAGGGACAUGCCUACGCGUAGAGCGUCAGAUACACACAGCAGUGUGACUGCGCAUGGAGAAGCAGGCGCACACAGUCCGUUGGCAGUUCGGUCCUAUCCGAUGCAUACACGGCCACGGUCUGUUACCUACACACCCACAGUGCAGGGGGAAGAGUGGCUCACCCAACCAAUGUCUCUACCAAGCUCAGACACGCCCGAGGACGGGACGGGUAUGGGUGCAGCGAAAGGUGCGUAUGGAGAAGCACACACAUACAGAGACAUACAACAACCAGGAGAUACACAUGCAGACACAGAUUGGCAGGGAGAUGGGCCAGAGGGUCGAAAGGUAGAUGAACGGCCACAGCAGGCACUCACACAGACACGUGCGACGGAGCAGCAGUGUAUGUCCUCACCGGCUACCACGCACACAGACACACACACAGGCGCGUUUGAUAGGUACACGAUCACAGCGGAUGGUACCGAACCGACUCAAACAGACACACUGGGUGCUGGGUGUGGUGUGGGUGCGAGUGCACCUGCUAAUGCGGGGGGGGUGUCUGUAGCGGUGUCUGGGGAUGGGGGUGGGGGUGAGGGUCUGAGGCGAAUAGACUGGGGGGGUAAGCCUGUGCAGAUGGUAGGGCAGGUGUGUGGGACUGAGACAACGGGGUUAAAGGAUAGACCAGGCAGUACCCACACAGACGAGCCAAACCACCAGACAGGCGUGUGUGUGGAGUGUGGGACGGGUGGUACGCAGGUGUGUGCGGGUGGGUGGAGGGAUGUCGACGAGGGUGUUCAGGGAGGGCUAUACCCGGUUGACGCGGAGAUGAACCAAGUUUACGACCGGCCUGGGGAAGCUGGACUGAUACACAGACCUGAGGAUGCCAGCGAGGGGAGUAGGAAGCCUGCCACCAGUCCAGAUGUGAAUAGAUCAGAUGAAAUGACGCGAAUUGGUGUGAAUUUAGACCCUCUAAAAGGCGCUGUAAUUAAACAGAAUCUGGACAAUGUCAGAGUAGUCUCGACUGACGAUACUGCCAUAGAUAUGGAGCCGGCAAACGACACCUGUAGCGUCGCAAUUGAUAUAGAUGAAAGGGAUUUGACGUCCACGGACACUCGCCCGAGUACACAACAAGCGCCGCCUGCAGUCUUGCACGCCACAGCUAACGCUACCACACACACACACAACACUCAGCCCUUGCAUACACUACCACCACAACAUACACCACAACAUCAACCCAUUGCACAACAGACGUAUCCAGCCUAUUCACCAGCACACACCCACACACGCACACAUACACCACACACACAUGCACAGUAUAAUCAACACACAAAUGCGCAGAGUACACAGGAUAUACAGACACCGGCCACGCAACUUGCACCAGACACACCACACACCCAAUCGGAUAUAUCGUAUGCUAUGUCUCCUAGCUUCAAGCAUCGCAGCACCGUGCGAUCUCUCACCCCUAUUGACUUGCCACAGCAAUAUUCUG